AAUUCCUACACAAACAGCAGUCAACAGGGAGGCAAUGGUGGUAGCAGCAGCACUGGUUACAGCAAUGCUAAUAGUGCAGCGGUUGCAACCAAUAGCAACAACAAUACCAGUAGUUCACAGCCAACAGGUGGCUAUGGAUCCAGUUUCUCUGCUCAGGCAUCAGUUGCAGGAAACAGCAGCAGUCAGUAUCAGAACAGCUACGUUAAUGCCUCUAGUCAUUCAUCGCUGGGUACCAUCACGGCUCCGAAACCUCUUACGGGGCUACCAACUCACCUUCUGUAGUAAAAGAUACUGCACAGAGUUAUGCAGAGCAGACAUCAACUGGAGGCUCAGGGUUGUCCAGUACGCUAUCCACAAGUGCUUCAGUUAGUAGCAGUAGCACAAGUAAUAGCACUGGUCCAACAGUGUUAUCGCCUCAUUGAACUUGCUUCU